UGCUAAUGAAUAUUUAGGAGCACAAACAAAAUUAAUCUAGCUAUCUAGUAACAUUAUUACUACAAAUCAAUUACCCCAUUUGAAAGAAAAAAACCUUAUUUUUUUUUUCACUAUGACAACAUUGAUGUUUGAUGAUAGGGACAAUAUAUUACAAAACAUUUCAGCUGGAGAAGUAAAUGAUUUUUUAGGGGAAUAUACAUUGGAAGGUAAAUGGGAAAAUGUGAUCAUGUUGUACUAUGAAUUUCCAAAGGAGGCACACACAACAACUUUAAUUGAUCAGUCAGAUAACACAGCUCUGCACAUAGCGAUAGAUUUAAAUGAAGAAUUUGUGGUUAAAGAGCUUUUGAAUGCUAUCUUGACACAUCAUGUGCAUAAUAUUGAUGAUGUGAGUGAUAAUCAAAGGGUUAAGGCAUUGGAAAUGAUAAAUAUGAGUGGUGACACACCAUUACACUUUGCAGCAUCAAGGGGUUUUGCUAGAAUAUGUAAGUGGAUCAUAGGGAGAAACAAUGAGAGGAUAUAUUUGUUGAGUCGUAAAAAUAAUUAUGGAGAGACACCACUUUUUCAAGCUGCUGUUAAUUGGAGAAAACAAGCAUUUGCUUACCUUUCUCAUAUUUCUAAAGAGAGAGUCACUUUACUAGAUCUUGUACGAAAUGAUGGUGAUAGUAUUCUUCACGCUGCAAUCCGAGGAGAAUAUUUUGAUUUGGCUGUGAUAAUAGUACAUUACUAUGAUUUCCUGAGCACACAUUUCAACAGAGAAGAAUCUACUCCUCUUAAAGUCCUUGCCACUAGACCUUCAGCCUUCAAAAGUGCAAGCAACCUUUCAUGGUAUAAGCGACUUGUAUACCACUGCAUUAUUGUGGAACAACUGGAUGCUGAAAGAACAAUGAGGUAUUAUUUGAGAAAGAUGGAGGUUGAUCAAAAUUCUAAUAAGAUGAAGUUUCCGGCUAACUAUACUGCUUUAUGUGGUUUUGUUUCUAUAUGGUUAAGUGCUACUGGCAUUGGCACUGGCACUGGAACAAAGAUUUCAAAAAAGAAGAAACAGUUUGACGCUGAAAAUCCAUCAAAUGACAAUCGUCCACUAUUGAAAUCAGAGAAACAUCAAGUUGGAUUUUUGCCACCAAAUUAUGAAACCCUUCAACGAUUUGUUAAGUCUACAUAUGUUCAUACUCUUGGCCUUUCAGGAGUAGAGUUAAAGGAUGUGAAGAUUGCAAAGAAGAAGCAUGAAUGGAGUAGUCAAUUAUUGAAGGCAUUAAUGAAAAGACCUUAUGAAGCAUUCACAGGAAGUGGUGGUAGACCAACUGACAUAGAAAUUGAUCCUGAGAUGUACAACAUUUUUCCUCAAUGGAAACGAGAUGGAAAUACAAGCAGAAUGGAAUGCUUUAGAAAACCAGAAACAGAAUCUGAAAAUGAAAUUGGUAAAAAAGAUACACCCUUUUUGGUAGCAGCUAGAAAUGGAAUAGUUGAAAUGGUGAAUGAAAUUUUAAUUAAAGUACCAAGUGCUAUACAUAACACAAACUCAAAGAAAGAAAAUGUGUUGCAUGUUGCAGUGAAGUAUAGGCAACCAGUUAUUGUUGAGAAUUUGAGAAUGAUUAUGCAUUCAAAACCAGAAGUUUGGAAUAAUUUGAUACUUGUAGCUGAUGACGAUGAGAAUACUAUAUUGCAUUUGGCUGCUGAUGGUACUGAUAAACCUUGGCAGAUUGCUGGUUCUGCCUUGCAAAUGAUGUGGGAUAUUAAAUGGUUUCAGUAUGUCAAAAGCCUUGUGCCACAGCACUUCUAUUUCAGAAGCAACAAGAAUGGCAAAACAUCAGGUGAAAUCUUCAAAACAACACACGAAGGGCUUAUAAAAGAGAGCAGCGACUGGCUAAAAGAGACAUCUGAAUCCUGCUCCGUCGUGGCAGCGCUCGUUGCUGGCGUUUCCUUCGCCACAGCGAGCGCUGUCCCUGGCGGAACAACAGAUGAAGGCAGACCAAUACUAGAAGGCAAACCUGCAUUCGAUAUAUUCGCCAUUUCUUCGCUUGUUGGUCUUUGUUUUUCUGUCACUGGCCUAAUCAUGUUCCUUUCGAUUCUAACUUCUCGGAAACAAGCCAAAGAUUUUCGAAGAGAUUUGCCGCUGAAACUUCUUCUCGGGUUAAGCUCUCUUUUCGUGUCGAUUGCUUCGAUGUUUGUUUCGUUCUGCACUGGACAUUUUUUUCUGCUUAAUCAUAAAUAUAAAUCGGUGAUGUUUCCAAUUUAUGGAGCUACUUGUUUACCUGUGACUUUCUAUGCUGUUGCACAAUUUCCUCUCUACUUUGAUCUUCUUACAGCUAUUUUAACUAAGGUUCCAAUGGCAACUGAUAAAGGUGACAAAUUAUAAAUCUUUUCAUGUCAGUUUUGGAACAAUAAAUAAACCAGUGUGGAGUUGGAUUUUGUAUUUUUGGUUUUAGUCCUCCAUUUCCAUAAGAAACAAGUCUUAGCAAUUUGGAUAUAUUGAUAUGUAAUACUUAAAGCUUUUCAUUUUUUUUGUGUGUGUGAUGAUUAUGUUUGUAUUGAAGUUGAGAGAUUUUUGCAUAUUUUCGGGAUAUUUUUAUUUUUAUUUAAACAUGAUGUAUGAGAAUGUAAUUGGUUUGUUAAAUGAGAGUGUAAUAGAUUUGAGUUUUGUAA